GAGCGCUGGGGCGUUGCCGUCUGUUACCGCCGAACGGCGAGGACGAGCAUUCGUAAGCUAUACCUCUGUUCGUACAACUCUACGCUUGCAGUAUUAGCAAAUGCUGUUGCAUAUCACAUGCAUAUCACCGAAAAUAAUAGCUUUCAAACACAGUAUUUAUUUUUUAUAAAAUGUUAAGAAAUAGAAACUCAAAGUAAUAGAACCAUCAAUUUAUUGAAAAUCUUAAGAAAUCAUGUAAGCUUGGUGACAAAAGCGAGCCACCCACUUUGAGUGAACAGCAAAGUUGUUUGCGACAUUUAUACCGCACCUGCUACUAUCAGGCAUGCCAAAGUUUUGCUGGGUGCUGGACGUGCUGGAGUUCAAUUUGGGUUGAAUUGAUUUGCAUUUAAUUACAUUAAAAUAACUACAAAUAAAGCCUGAAUCAUCUGUAUCGUUUACCCCUAUUUACUGCUUGAUGAAAUAAAUCAAAGUUUCGCGUAAUGGCAUCGUUGUGGCUGCCACGCGUAAGCAGGGCAUGCAGUGCAUUUUGCAGCAAUACUUCUGUUCGCCUGCUGGCCUCCUCUGCCCUGGAUGGAGCGGCAUCACCAGCAGCACCAGCAGCAGCACAGACCAGUGAUCAGGCCACUGCUGCGCCCGAGUCCAAGCAGGACCAGCGCACCUCCUCUCUACCAGAGUAUAGGUUUGUUUACCCCGAGUUUCUGCCGAACCCUGACCUGCGGCUGCGCCACCGGCUGGCCGAGCGCCUGGAGCGCGCCGACAUGCUGCGCCGUCGGACACGCAUCGAGAUCCCCGAGUUUUACGUCGGCAGUGUCCUGGCGGUGACAGUGUCGGACCCGCAGGCGCCCGGCAAGACGAGCCGCUUCGUCGGCAUCUGCAUCCUGCGUGAGGACCACGGCCUGCGCGCUACCAUGACGCUGAGGAACGCCAUCGACCAGCAGGGAGUGGAGAUCUGCUACCCAUUGUACAACCCGACGCUGCAGAAGAUCGAGGUUCUGCGGCUGGAGAAGCGGCUGGACGAGGAUCUGCGCUACCUGCGCGACUGUCCGCUCGAGUACAGCACGUUCGCCUUCGAUAUGGAGCCCGAGCACGCCGCCGACUCCGGAGAAGUGCCCGUCAAUCCCGUCAAGGUGCCGCUGCGGCCGCGGCCCUGGACCUGGCGCUGGGAGCGCGCCGGUAUGAAGGGCCUCAUCGUGCCAGAGCUGCGCGAGGACUUCUAUGAGCGCGCCAAGAAGGUGUCUGAGCCGUGGCACAAGUACGACCUGAUGCGCGAGUACCGGCGCUCCGUGCCCGUCGAGGACCAGCGCGAGAUCUACGCCGAGGUGCACGAGCACGUGCAGUCGCUGGAGACGGACCAGCGCCGCGUGCGACGGCGGCGCGUGUUCGUCGCGCCCAAGAAGACCUCGUAGUGGGCCUGAGAAGAAGCCAGAGUGUGACAGGGACUAUAGGAGUGUGGUGAGCGAUUGUAGAUUGUGUUGUAUCGUGAGAACGGCAGUGUAAGAUGGAUGCAGAUUUGAUCAGGUGCCUGAAAUAUACAAUUGAAGUUGACAA